GCUCUGCCCACUAAGGCGUGGCUUACGGAACGUUCUUUGAAACAAACGCUCGUAUGGUCAUGUUCCAAAAGAUAGAGGUGUUUCACCACACCGGGUGGUAAUAUGUGUUGUGGACGGUUAGGCAGUUUCAUAAUACUGUAGUUGUAGCCGGUGAGUAGACAUCGGCUUUGGACAGCUGAUGAGGGGAAACGCACUUGGUGUAUUCUUUGUUUCAAAUUGAACACCUCAAAGGCAGAUUAAUGUAUUUUCCACGAAAAUAGCCUCCUAUUCCAGUGAAAGCUAUUGAUGUCGGUGAGUCAUUGUGACUGAAGAUGCUUACAGAUAUGAUUGAGGUUGAAGAAUUCGAAAUCAAGGAGGAAGAACCUUGGUAUGACAACCAGGACCUUGAGCAUGACCUCCACCUGGCUGCUGAGCUGGGGAAGACCCUGCUGGACAGGAACAGAGAGCUGGAGCAGGGUCAUCAGCAGAUGUACUCCACCAAUCAGGAACAGAUACAGGAGAUAGAGUACCUGACUAAGCAGAUGGACCUCCUGAGGCAUGUGAAUGACCAGCAUGCUAAGGUCUACGAGCAGCUUGACCAGUCUUCCAGAGAGCUGGAGCAGAGCAACACCCGCCUGGUACAGGACAACAGGGCUGCCCAGCACAAGAUCCAGGGGCUGACUGAGAUGAUUGAAGCUCUACAGACUCAGAUGGAGGAUCUUCAAUGUCAGGUAGAGGAUCUGAAGACCGCCCCUGCCAAUCCCAAUAGGAAACCCUUUACAGAGGCAUGUCGGCCCUACGGGGCGCAGAGUGUGUACUGCCCGAAUGACCUGCAACACACACAGAGAUACUCAAGUUAUAACUCUGGUGACCAAUCUGAUGACCGCUGGUCUCCCUCUGACCUCUCAUGGCUAGAGGAGGAGCAGGAGUCGCUACGGCAAUCGCUCCGCUCUCUACAGACCCAGCUGGCCAAUGAACGUGCUCGGAGGGAGGGGGCGGAGCGAGAUGCAGACCUGCUAGCCAAUGAGAAUGUGGUGCUGGAGCAGCGCUUGGGAAUGAUGGCGGGGUGCCAGGCCAGACUAGCGGAGCUGGAGUGUGAGGCUGAGGAGCUUCGUCAGCUGUGGAGAGCCAACCAUGCCACCAAAGCUUGGAGGUCAAGGGUCAGCCUGACAAUGCUGCCCAAUACCCUCUUCUUCCCCCUGAACCAGGAGAGGGGGAUGGGGGAGGAUGGAGAGAGCGAGGAAGACGUGAUGGACGUCAGCUACCUUUCCAACCCGAAAGGUUGUGAUAUCUUGAAGAGAUGCAACAGCGAGAAGCAGCUGAGGUCACCACGGGGUGAUGGGUCAGAGGUAGACAAGAGCCAUGAGCGUUCGUGCGUCCGCCAUUCAGAGGUGGUGAAGCAGCGCGGGAUCUCCCUCCUCAACGAGGUUGACGCUCAGUACAGCGCCCUGCAGGUAAAAUAUGAUGCGCUGCUGCGGCUCUGCCACCAGGGGGAGCCGUACCCAAACCAGCAGCACAACCACAAAGAGCUCCAGACACCCAGCGUAGCCCCCUCGGACUGCCCACAAAGCCCAGCCCCAGCCUCCCUUCGCAAGGCUACAGGCAUAGACACAAAGGGCCAGGAGGAUGAACUUCACCAGCCUGAGUACAAGGCUCUGUUCAAGGAGAUAUUUACCUGCAUCCAGAAAUCAAAAGAGGACCUGAGUGAGAGCAGAGGAAAGCCCUGGCAGUUGGCGUAGUAUGGCUUUCGUAGUAAACAUGCAAAAAUGGCUCUGCUUUUGCGCUGCACAUGCAGUUGUUUCUUGUUGGAGGUGAGCUAUUAAGCAAGCACCUUAUAGAUUAUUUGUAAGGCCUGGUAACUGAUGUACUGUCUGUAUCUGGUGGAACUGCAGCUGAAUCGAUUACCAACUCUAAGUUCUCAUCUCUAUCUAUGGAUGCUGGAGCAGCCAGAGAAAGGCAACAAACAUCAGCUGAUAUACCAGCUCUUUUGCAUGGAACAAACAGUGCCUAACAUUCAGUCUACAUCAUUCUGCCUCAAUCAACCUGCCCUACCUGAGCCAUGUUGCCCUUAGAUUAGCGUCUAGGGGCAAUGUUCUUCUACUCUCAGGAACCUCUGGGAACUUUCUGUGGACUAGUGCUUUUCCAUGGUACCUCUAUGCACUGUUCAAUCAAAAGCUACAUAUCCUUUUAAAGUGACAAUGUCUGAGGCUCAUGGUCAAAACGGUAACUUUAUCAUCGUUGUGCUUCAAACGCCACUGUUUCUUACUCUUGGUGAUAAGUGAAGACAAAUUAUGUGAAUUUACAUCUCAGAUUUGUACUGUAUGUCUUCAAAAAAGUUAGCAUGAUCCUAAAAUGUAAACUCAAGUAUUUGGGUAUGAAGACUGAGUUGUAUGUACAUGAUUGAUGUAGUAGUUAGCAAUAUCAUCUAAUGAGGCUAUACCAGAACUCGGAUAUGUGCUAUGAUAUUACUGUGCUUUCCAAAUACAACGUUGACAUUUCAUGAACAAA